CAAAACAGGCAAUUCGUACCUUCCAAAUCAAUCGGCGAGUAUAAAAUCUCCCAUCCUCAAAAACUAGGGUAUAAAAGGGUUCAAAUCCUCUCCGCCCAAAAAGCUCUUCCCUCGAAUAAACGUUAAAUUAAACCCACAACAAAGCAUCAACUCCUUCAAUCGAUCUCUGGGAAUGGCGACGUUUGAGCUGUAUAGAAGAUCGACGAUCGGGAUGUGCUUGACGGAGACUCUUGAUGAUAUGGUUCAAAACGGUACUCUCAGUCCUGAGCUAGCCUUCCAGGUUCUUGUUCAGUUUGAUAAGUCCAUGACUGAAGCUUUGGAAACAAAAGUGAAGAGCAAAGUCUCAAUUAAGGGACAUCUGCAUACCUACAGAUUCUGCGACAAUGUUUGGACCUUCAUUUUACAGGAUGCUAUGUUUAAGAAUGAGGACACGCAGGAGAAUGUUGGGCGGGUUAAAAUAGUGGCAUGCGACUCAAAGCUGCUUACGCAAUGAGGCUGUAGAGGUGGUUAUUUGUAAAGGUGGGAUGGCAGCAAGAUGGGAUGCGAGGGUUGUUUACUGUGGAAGACUGGACACAGCAUGUGUAACCCAUCAACAACCUUUUCCAAGUUGCAACUUCUGUUAUUUGAUGAUGUAUUAUUUUGACGACGGUGAUUGUUCGUUUUAUUUAAUCUGCUAAGAAGAUGGUAUACUCAUGGAAUAGGGUAGCAUCAUGAAACUCUACAAUUUCGUUGGUGGCUGUAUUUGUUUACGUAUUAUUAAUCGUUUCUCGUGCUCGGAUGCAA